AUGAACUAUAACAAUAGCAGCAACUCCAAUACCAAGCGUUAAAAUAAGAAGAAUAAAGCCUUGAAGAAAUACAAUAUCUUGGGUUAGGAAGACAAACAACAUAUUUUAGAGAGCUUACAAAAAGACUCAUCCCUUGAGAUGUAUUAAAUCUUAAGUGAGAAAUACAACACCUCAAUUAAAAACCUAAGAAGAUGGUAUCAAGAUGGAAUUGCUCGCAAACCUGGAUGUGGAAGAAAGAAACUCAACACAAAGGCAGAAGAGGAACUCAGAUAAUGGAUCAUAAAGGAGAGUGUGGAAUUGAGAAGGAGAGUUAGGAGAUCUUAGUUAAAAUAAAAAGCUAUAGAAUUAUUUAGCAUUCCAAACUUUAAGGCUAGUAAGGCUUGGUAGGAUGAAUUUAUCAGAAAUUUUGAUAUCAAAUAUUAGGUGAAUGAGAUAAUUGUAGAAAGUAAAGUUUGA